AUGCCUCUCGAUACACAUAGUGAAUUAUUAAAAUCAAUCGACAUAAAUGAAUUCUAUAAACUUUGUAUAACUUCUACAUCAAAGCGUCCCGAUUCUCGUUCAUAUCUUGAUUGUCGUCCUUUAAAAUGCUUACCAAAUAUUUUACAAAAUUCAAAUGGUUCAUCAAUGAUUCGUCUUGGAAAUACACGUGUUAUAUGUUCAAUUAAAUGUCAAUUGGCAAAACCAUCUUUAAAAUCGCCAUCAUGUGGAUAUAUUCAACCACUCGUGCUUUUACCACGAACACAAGCAUACACAUCAUUUGGUCGACGAACACAAAUUAUUAAUAAUAACGCGGUUCUAAGUCAAACUCUACUCGAUAUUAUUCUCAAAUCAAAUAUGUUACAUUUAGAUGAUUUGUGUAUUGAGCAAGGUAAAUGGGUUUGGUGUGUGUCGUGUGAUUUAUUUUGUAUAAAUAAUGAUGGUAAUUUACUUGAUUGUUGUCUGUUAGCAAUUGUCCAUGCAUUAAAACAAACCACUUUGUAUACAGUUAAAAUCGAUUCUGAUACGGGAAAACCACUUGUCUAUACUAAAGAAAAAUUAAAAUUAAAAUUAUAUGAUGAACCAUUGUGUUGUACAAUGUUUGUCUAUGACAAUGAAUUAAUUGUUGAUCCAACAUUAAAUGAAGAACAAGUAGCAACAACUCUAAUUCAUGUAGUAUUAUUGAAAAAUGAUCAAAUAUGUUUAUUAAACAAAACAGGUGGAACAAUAUUUCCUACGGAAAAAUUUCAACAAUGUUAUGGAUUAGCCAAACAAUAUAUUCAUUCACAAAGACAGAUACUUGAGAAAGCAAAUGAUAGUAAAACUGUGGAGUAA